ACUGAUAUUCUUGUAAUUGUUGACAUGUGACUUCCAGAUCUAUGGAAAAAGAAAAGGGAAGAAAAAGUGCAGAAGCUGUAAAGGCAAAGACUAGAAGAAGGCAUUUGAGGAAAAAGGAAAUCCGACGGCUACAAGCAAAUCGGCAAAAGAAAUCAUUGACUGGUGAAGAAUGUCCCUCGGGUGGAGAAAUUGAAGAACCUCCAGUGGACAAUGAACAAGAUGACUUGAAACAUGAUAGGCUCUUUAAGGACUUCAUAAAAUAUGUGAAAGCAAAGGCUGACAUAAAGAAAUACAGCAGUGGUCAUGUUGUAAACACUGUUGAUGGAAUUGGUAAGAAUAUAUAUUUCCUUUUUUGAUAUAUGAUUGAUGUAGAUUUAUUAUUAUUAU